CGCCCCGCGUCUUCCUCCAAACCGGGCUUCCCUUCUCCCGUGUAAACAACCUCGGAGGAAGGGAGGCUCCUCCCUACCGGAGCUCCCGCAGCCAAAACAAAACAACAUCUCGGGACUGCCUGAAUAUAGUCCGGAGCUCAGCCGUGCCCGAUCUAUAAAGGGGAAAAGAGGGGGUUGGGGGGGGUGGCCCUCGGCAACGGAGACUUCCGACCCCGACCCCAUCCCCACGUAGCAAGUCCCAAUGGCCAGGUCGUCCGCCGGGUGGGUUACACACCUUGGCUCACCUGGCUAGAGCCCCCGCGGGUGGACGGGUCUCUGCCGGCUUCUGCGCUCUGCGGGUCUGGUGCAAUUGCUGAAAAGGAGGCGGCUCUUGGUUCUCGCUCUCCUGAUGCUUACAUAAGGGGUUCUCUCCCCAACCCCCAUCACCACUUUCCCCUGUUGGAAACCGCCACUGUAAAUGUGUUUUGGGUUGUAUGUGUGUGUGUUUUCCCUCCCAGGUGUCAGCCUACCAGGUGAGAAAAACGCUGUGGAGAUUCAAGGCUGAGAGACACCCCACCACCACCACCACCACCACCACCACCACGCUGCUCUGUCUUGCCAGCCACAAAGCAAAGAGAAUGUUUCAUCAGCAUUAGGGCAAGAUGGCACAGAACUGACAACAAUGCAAGCAUGUGCUCAGAAGGCAAGAGCAUCGUCUGUCAUGCUAUCGUAUUCCUGGGACCUUUUAACCCAGCAGCAUCAGAAUAUUGGAGUGUAUCUUGUAACAGACUGCAGCUCGUAAACAUGGAGUCAAUGAAAGUUGAAGGGCUGGACAAUGAACAGGAUUUUUAAUGAAAUGAAGUGUUUUUCCUUGUUGUUUUCUCCUCAAGUAGUGAUCAGAGAGAGUUUAUAAGAAUUUAGAUGACAACAUGGCUCACUUUGAUACUGAGUAUCAGCGAUUGGAGGCCUCAUAUAAUGACUCCCCCCCUGGAGAAGAGAAUCUGAUGGUUCAUGUCCCUGAGGGCAGCAAAUCUCCCUGGCAUCACAUUGAAAAUCUGGAUCUUUUUUUCUCUCGUGUCUAUAACCUGCACCAGAAGAAUGGCUUCACAUGCAUGCUUAUCAGUGAGAUCUUUGAGUUAAUGCAGUUCAUCUUUGUUGUGGCCUUUACUACAUUCCUUGUCAGCUGUGUUGACUAUGAUAUUCUCUUUGCCAACAAAUUGGUGAAUCACAGUCAACAUUCCAGUGACCCAGUCAAGGUGACUCUGCCAGAUGCUUUCCUGCCUCCCAAUGAGUGCAGUGCCAGGAUACAAGCCAAUGGAUUUCUUCUCUCCAUCCUAGUGAUUGCAGGGGUCUUUUGGAUUCACCGGCUGAUUAAAUUCAUUUACAACAUUUGCUGCUACUGGGAAAUACAUUCUUUUUAUGUGAAUGCCCUCAAGAUUCCCAUGUCCAAUUUGCCCUACUAUACGUGGCAGGAGGUACAAGCACGGAUUAUACAAAUCCAAAAGGAGCACCAGAUCUGCAUUCAUAAAAAGGAGCUGACAGAACUGGACAUCUACCACCGCAUCUUGCGCUUCAAGAACUAUAUGGUAGCCAUAGUGAACAAAUCACUCCUGCCUGUGCGCUUCCAUCUUCCCUUCCUGGGAGAUACUGUCUUCUACACCCGUGGUCUCAAGUACAACUUUGAACUCAUUUUCUUUUGGGGCCCUGGCUCACUCUUUGAGAACGAAUGGAGCCUGAAGACUGAGUACAAGCGUGGUAGCAAUCGCAUGGAGCUGGCUGAAAAACUGGGCACCCGUAUCUUAUGGAUUGGCAUUGCUAAUUUUCUCCUUUGUCCUCUUAUACUUAUAUGGCAGAUUCUUUAUGCUUUCUUCAGUUACACUGAAAUUCUCAAGAGAGAACCAGGCAGCUUGGGUGCCCGUUGCUGGUCUCUCUAUGGCCGCUGCUACCUGCGACAUUUCAAUGAGCUGGACCACGAGUUGCACUCGAGACUCAGCAAAGGCUAUAAACCAGCUUCCAAGUACAUGAACUGUUUCAUUUCUCCCCUGUUUACUGUUGUGGCAAAGAACGUGGCCUUCUUUGCUGGUUCUAUCCUUGCUGUCCUCAUUGCCCUCACAAUUUAUGAUGAAGAUGUACUAGCCGUAGAACAUGUUCUCACAACUGUCACCAUCCUGGGAGUGGCUGUCACUGUCUGCAGGUCCUUCAUCCCAGACCAACACCUGGUUUUCUGCCCAGAGCAGCUGCUUCGGGUGAUUCUGGCACACAUCCAUUACAUGCCUGACCACUGGCAAGGAAAUGCCCAUCGUUAUGAAACCAGAGAUGAAUUCGCUCAGCUCUUCCAGUACAAGGCGGUGUUCAUUCUGGAAGAGCUGCUUAGUCCCAUUGUGACGCCCUUGAUUCUCAUUUUCUGUCUGAGGCCCAAAGCUUUGGAGAUCAUCGACUUCUUCCGCAACUUUACAGUGGAGGUGGUGGGUGUGGGAGACACUUGCUCCUUUGCCCAAAUGGAUGUGCGCCAGCAUGGGCAUCCUGCAUGGAUGUCAGCUGGGAAGACAGAAGCCUCCAUUUAUCAGCAGGCUGAGGAUGGCAAGACAGAGCUGUCCCUCAUGCAUUUUGCCAUCACCAAUCCACACUGGCAACCGCCUCGGGAGAGCACAGCUUUCAUUAGUUUGCUUAAGGAGCGGGUGCACCGUGAUAGCAGCCUGGCAUUGGCCCAGCAGGCUGUCUUGCCUGACAAUCCACUUUUCACCUCUAUCCAGUCACUACAGUCUGAAUCUGAGCCACACAGUCUGAUUGCCAACGUGAUUGCUGGCUCCUCGGCACUUGGGUACCAGACAAUCCGUGAUGCACAGACUUCACGGCAUCUGUCUGCUGUUUCUGAGGUGGCAUCUGCUUUGCGUUCCUUCUCCCCUCUUCAAUCUACCCAGACAAUACAUGGUAGUUCCCAUGCUGAUGAUGCCCAGCUUCGGAGACAUGGUGCAAUGACAGGCUCGGGGGUGGAUGCCAGGACAGCAAGCUCUGGCAGCAGUGCUUGGGAAGGUCAGCUUCAGAGCCUAAUUCUUUCGGAAUAUGCCUCUACUGAGAUGAGUCUGCAUGCUCUCUAUAUGCAUGAGCUGCACAAGCAGCACGCCCAGUUGGACCUUGAACGACACUUGUGGCACCGGCGGGAGAGUGAUGAGAGUGGUGAGAGUGCCCAGGAAGACCCAGAGGCCCAGAGGAACACCCCUAGCAGCACCAUGCCACGCUCGGCCAGUUAUCCUUUUGCCUCCCCACGUCAAAUUGGUGAUGAGGCAUCUGCUCUACAGGCAGGCUUCCAGCGCCGUUAUGGUGGUGUCUCGGACCCUGGUCCAGUGAAUAGGGCUCCAUCACACUUUGCUCGCUUGCCACUUGGGGGCUGGGCAGAAGAUGGCCAAGCUGCUCGACACCCAGAGCCAGUCCCAGAAGAGAGCUCAGAAGAUGAGUUGCCACCUCAGCUACACAAGGUAUAACUGCAAAGGCUGAAGAUCCAGUGGGGGUUCCAGACCUGGGGCCUGUCUCGGCUGGUGGAGCAGUGAGUUACCCUACCCUAGAAGAUAUGGGUUAGCUCAAGUUUCCAUGGCCUGGACAUCAGAAUACAGGGGUAACCGAUGUGAUGGUGUCAGUGGUGCCUUUGGGGUGGGCAGAACUCUAUCCAGACAUGCAUCAUACCGGUGACACAUUAGCUGUGCAUAGGCUGGGUGUGUGUGUAUUUACAUAUAUUGUCUGUAUCUACAUACGUGUUGUCCGUGUUGGAGAACCAUCCAAGACCUGCACAGAAUGCCACAGAGCACACAAGAGAUGGGAGAGACAGGCAAUGCUCACCCUGCCUGAUGAAAUGUUCUUCAGUUGGGAAGAGGACCUGCUUGUGGAUCCUGUUCAGCAGCCAGAAGAGCUGCUCCGUUGUCUAGACUGCAACAUGAUCAAAGAUGCAAUCAGGAUGUAGAUUUGGACUCAGGAAAAGAAGGGCUGUGAAAGAUUAUUUUUGUAACAAGAAUUGAGGGCCAGGCUUCCUCCACCCACUGACACAGCCUGACUCAACUGAAGCGGUUGCACACAGCAAGGGAAUACAUCUUCUUCGAUUUUUCCAUUCCAUGUUGAUGCCAGACUAGAAGAAAAGAAUACCCUUGCAGUGCCAUCAUUUCUAUCACAGGAUUUGCCUUUCUUUGGGCAUAAUUGAUUUCUCAUUGCUUGGGGGGCCAUAUUCAUUUCAUGUCCUACCCCCAUAUCAGAUCACAGGUUUAUCAUGGUAAUGUUUGCCUGAGCCAGGAUCUGAACUGAUCUAAGUCAGCUUUAUAAAAUAAUGCCCAGCCUAAAAGCCUUGAAAGAAAUUCUGCUCUAAAAGCCCUCGGUUCUCCUGCUGAGACUCAGAAUCAAGAAUAAGACUUUGUACUCUGUAUGUUUGUGUGUGUGUGAGUGAGUGUGUGGUGAGAGAGGGGGGGGGGCAGAGGGAGAGAGAGAGAGAUGAGUGGAGAUUACCAGUGCUUAUCAGAGGCAUGAUAGGCAUAUCAUAUUUAAGUACGUCUUUAAUAUCCUGCUUGGCUUCUCCAAAUUGGUGCUGCCCCAUUCGUGAUUUUCUUUUUGUUUUCCCUUUGGGUGCCUUGAUAGUAAUUAUGCAGCUCUUAUGGAAAUACCACAUUUUGUAUGCCAAAAAAAGCUAUCUUAAAAACUCAAGAAGGGAUGACUUUUAUGUUUUUACAAAAAGAGUUAAUUAAGCUCACAAUUCAACUGAUAAAACCCUAUUUCAAACUGUCUGCAGAAACACUGGUUUUCCAUUCUUGCCCUCGGUCUUCUGUCCUUUCUGUAUUAUUUGUAGGCUAGCUGGGCCUAGUUAAGUAGUAGGAACUACUGUGGUUUGUUCCUUUUUAAACCACUUAUUUUUUCUGAAUUUUGUUUUUGGAGAGCCCAUUGUCACAAUGGGCCGUAUUUUAAAUUCUUAUUAGCCUUUUAGGUAAUGAUCACAGACAACCACUGUUAAUGAAGUAAAUUAUCCCAGAUAAUAUAUUCUGUUUUCGCUUUUCACAGACUAAGCUGUGCAGGAUCCUAUAGCUGAUUUUUCUGGGGAUGUUUCAUGUUUGGGGAAGCCAGACUCCUGAAUUUUAUAUGCUUUCCUGGGGUUUUUUGAAGGAAAACAAAAACAGAUUAUGUAUCCUCAGUUUCCACAGACUUGUUUCUAGUUCAUGGCUCAGUAUUUUCCUGUACUACUCAUCAUUUCUCUCCCAGUAGUUUUAUCAAGUAUCUAUGGGGUAGGGAACAGUCGUGGGUUGCUACUGGUUUGCCCCAGAUCGGGUGAACCAGUAGUGGCGGCAGUGGGAGACUCCGCCCACCCACCCAGUCGCUUCUGCGCAUGCGCAGAAGUGUUGCAUGCGUGCGUGAGCGCACACAGGUGCAAACCAGUAGCAAACUAAAUUGAAACCCAUUACUGGUAGGGAAAUGUUGUUGAGCUGCAACUGCAGAGUGUUGUCUCCCAAGAAGUAAAAGAACUUUCAGUAGCUACCUUGCAGGUGCUGUUUCCUGGGCUGAUAAGAGUUGUAGUCCAGGAUGUCUGGAGUAGGACUACCGCUGACCUGUAAGGUGCCUUUGUGCAAAACGUUUUUUACCACCAGAGCAUCAAAUCACGUCAGUGGUUUCCCAGUGCUUCAGUCUCUCUUUUCUUCUAUAGCACAUGCGCACAUGCGCAGAAUAGUAACUAAAAGAACUUCUUCCUCCAACCCAAUUGCCUGCAGUGUGGCACUGGGAUACUACUGCUCCCAUAAUUCCCUCCCACCCCCCGCCAGUGUCAUGGUGCCUUUGUACAAUGCACAACUCGCUCACCUUCGUGUGGCUGUGGUUUAGUGCUCCAAAUUGGGUCAGGAUGGUUUAACACUACAGAUACAGCUAGCAUCAGCAUUAUGCCUACUCCUUACUAGUAUAUGGAGAAAUCCAGCAAUAUUGACAUAUCCCUGUAGAAAGCAGAAUCACUUUGUAGAUUGCUGCUUUGAAUUGUGCUGGUCAAGUAUGGGCUCUUCUUCAGCAUCCAUCUUGAUAUAGCUUAGCCAAAAGGAUAGUAGGGGAGGCAGUACUAGCAGUCAUGCAUCCUUCUUAUCUUUGCUCCAUCUGCAUCUGCAUGGAAUGGCCACCUUCUACCUCCACAUUUAUUUGUGGCAUUAGGGAGGCCAGUUUGUAUGUGAAUAAUGCAAGUGGUUUGUAAAGCAGAGCUGAUUGUCCAGCUUCCUGUACAGUGCCGUAUCUACUGAAUAAAGGAGGUGUUUUCUUCUUUGA